AUGGAGAAGCAACACGAUACACCACCACACGACAAGAUGGGCCCGCAGGUCGCGAAGAGCGCCGGCUACCUAGUCACUCCGCCUGAGGAGAUCCACCACACCUUCGCGUCGCAGGAUGCCGGCGUCUACCCGGCAAAGCAGCCAGCCUCGAAGCAUGCCAUACAGCUGCCACCAAUCCACACCUCGCACACGCCACCAACCUCGCCAGAGUACAGCACACUUCCAUCCAUUGCCACCGCGACCGGCUUCAGCUCCCACGAUCCGACACUCUACCCCGACGAGCCAGCACAGCCACCACUCUUUCCACAAGAACCUCGCGCCGCAGUCCCCGCAACCCCAAGGAACGGCGUAGUGGCACCGGAUGUUAGAUGGCCCAACAUUCUUAACAUUCAAAGCCCUAGCGAGACCAUGUCGUACUGGAGGGAGCGUUACCAGGAGCUCAGGGAUAACCAAAAACUGCUGCGCGACUUGCCACGUCCCAAGAGGACCACAGCAGGUCGGCGCGAGCCCUUCGACCAGCAGCAAGUCUCGAGGAUCACACAACCUGUCGCCGCCAGCAAGAUUACCAAGCCCCGCGCGCAGCCGAAGGUGGCGACAAAGCCCAAGGCCGCCGCCGCCGCGUCUCCAACUCCAACCAAGGCUACGCCGACUCGCAAGCGUACACCAAAGCUCCGCAGCUCCACCGAUCUCGGCGACAGCUUCCCAGGGGCACAGCAGCCUACUAAACACAAGCGCGCGCCGCCGUCGAAGAAGGUCGAAGGCAACAGUGCUCCCUGGUACGAGCUGCCCAACUACGCACCACCCAUCUCGACCCUCGACGCCUUCGACAAAGCGCCCGAGGUAUCGUGGAAGAGCAAUACCGCGCUGAACAUCGACAACGAUCCGGAUCGCCACCUCCUGCAUCCACAUGAAUUGCAUGUCGCCUCCGUCCUGCGCCUCACUUGCCAGCAGUACUUGACAAACAAGCGCAAGAUCUUCAUGGGCAAGCUGCAGUUCCUGAAGGAGGGGCACCACUUCGGCAAGACACAUGCACAGCAAUUUUGCGCAAUCGACGUCAACAAGGCUAGUCAGCUCUGGGUGGCGUUCGACCAAGUUGGGUGGUUUGAGAAGGAGUGGUUCGAUCAGUUCAUGUAA